GCACAGCAUUUUUUUGUUUGCUGUUCCUGUUGAUCGGCUUUGGGGUGUGGUUGUGUGUUAUCAUCCUCGUCCACGGCCUCGUCCUCGUCUUCGACCUCGUGCUUGCAGAGCACGGCUGCCGCCCGUACUCUCGCGUGUACAUCUACAUCCCUGAGCCCUCGGGUUUUCAUCUACACCCCGCCGCUCACAGGUCCUGACUUCCUCGCCCCGCUACCACACCACACAACACUACACCACACCCUUGCACCCCCCCCCCCCGACACCAUGGGCGUCAAACUCACCCCCGACGCCCCCCGCACCAAUGCAGACCACACGCGCGCCAGCGUCGCGAUCAUCGGCGCCGGCAUCUCGGGGAUCUGCAUGGCGAUCGACCUGCUCACACGCAACAGCUGCGCCGACUUUGUGAUCCUGGAGCAGUCAUCGGGGGUUGGCGGCACGUGGCUGGACAACAAGUACCCCGGGUGCUGCUGCGAUGUGUGGUCGGUGCUGUAUUCGUUUUCGUUUGCGCAGAAUGCCGGGUGGACGCGGGCGUAUCCGGGGCAGGAGGAGAUUUUGGAGUAUCUCCGCAAUGUGGCCAGCAAGUACCAGCUCUACAAGUAUAUCCGCUUCAACAGCAAAGUGCAGGCGGCGACGUGGGACGAUGCGGGCGGCGUGUGGAAAGUCGACGUCGGCGUCACGGGCAGCAAGGAUAAGGAGUUCUCGCCGGGCUACGUGCUCGAGGCGGAUUUCCUGGUCUCGGCGGUCGGCCAGCUGAAUCAGCCGCGGUAUCCCCAGAUCGAGGGCUUGGAGUCGUUUGAAGGCAAGGUCGUGCAUAGUGCGCGCUGGGACUGGAGCUAUGAUCUCCAGGGGAAGAGCGUGGGGAUCAUUGGGAAUGGUGCGACGGCGGCCCAGAUCAUCCCGGAGAUUCUGCCUGUGGUCAAGGACCUCACGGUGUAUCAACGCUCGCCCAACUGGGUCAUCCCGCGCGACGACGCCCCCGUGCCGGCCUGGCAGCGCACACUGUACAGCUGGGUCCCGCCGCUGCGCUGGCGCAAGCGCGCUGCCAUGAUGGACUUCCGCGAGUCGUUCCACGCCGCCGUGACCGACGGCUCGUCCGCAUUCGCCGACCUCCUGCGCACACUCUGCGGCGACAUGAUGCGGCGCCAGAUCCCCGACCGCCCCGACCUCUGGGAGAAACUGACCCCAACCUACAACCCAGGCUGCAAACGCGUCAUCAUCUCCGACGACUACUACCCGGCCCUCGCGUCGCCCAAAACCACCCUCGAAACCACCGCCAUCGCACGCAUCACCCCCACCGGCAUCGAAAUGCGCGACGGCACCCACCACGCCCACGACACCCUCGUCCUCGCCACCGGCUUCCACACCACCACCUUCCUGGCCCCGCUGCACAUCACCGGCCCCCACGGCGUCCCCCUGCCGCCCACAGCCCCCGAAGCCCUCUACGGCACCUCGAUCCCGGGACUCCCCAAUCUCGCGCUCUUCUACGGCCCCAACACAAACCUGGGCCACAACUCCAUCAUCCUGAUGAUCGAGGCACAGUCGCGCUACAUCAACGGCCUGGUGUCCGCGGUGCUGGACGCGCGCCGCCGCGGCACCAGACUCAGCCUUAUGCCCAAAGCACCGCGCACCCGCGCGUUCAACGCCGACAUGCAGGCCGCGCUGCAAGAAAGCAGUUUCGCGGAUAAGGGGUGCGGGUCGUGGUAUAAAGACGCCGAGGGCCGGGUCGUGAACAAUUGGUCGGGCACGGUGGUCGAGUACCAGGAGUUGGUGAGCAGGGUGCGGUGGGAUGAGUUUGAGACCGUGGAGGGGGCGUGUGCGAGUGGUGUUGUGUUUGGGGGCAGGGAGGAGACGAAGGUUGGGAGGGUCAGGGAGGAGACGGUGGUGAGUAACACGGCGUUGGCGGUGGGCGCGCUGGGGGCGGUGGCGGCGGGGGCGGCGUGGUGGGCGGGGUUGGGGCGAAGGGUGAGGUUUGGGAGGUGAGGUGAGGAUGUUGGUGGAAUGAUGAACGUUGGGUUUGCUCUGGAGCCGUGUUUUCGCCGUGUUUCUGUUCGUGUGCAAGGCAAGAAGGGGAGGUACAGUUAGACGGUGACCGAUACAGGGCAUACUGCUGUACGAACAAUGAAUCUUAAAUCGUGUUCAGAU